CCAACUUGUGUAAAAGUAAAACUCACUCUUCUCCAACCUCUGAUCGAUUUCCCUCUGAAACCAUCAAUCCUGGACACCCCAAAAAACGCGCGAAAAAUGAGCCGCGACUCUCCGGCACCGGCCACCGGACCCGGUCUGGUGAUCUCCACCACGGAGCCCAUCCUCUCAUUCCUAAUCUCCGCCUCCACCGACCCACACCUCUCCAAAGAGCUCCAGCUAACCGCCUCGAAGCUCUCGUCCAAAUCCAACGUCCCCUACCGCGCCAUCCGCGCCCUCUGGGUCGCUUCCCGCGCCUCCACCCGCCCCCAACUCGUCCACCUCUUCUCCGGCUCCGGCUUCGUCUUCACCAGCCCCCCUCCGAGAGAAAAGAGUGAGGAGCUGAAGACGAGGCUGAAGAAGCUGGCGGAGAUGUCGGAGAGGAGUGCAUAUGCAGAGCUGGUGAAGGAUAUAACCCCUCGGAAGGACGCUGCGGAGCCUUUCUCUUCUUACAAGGAUCAAUUGGGCUUUGGUUUACAUGUAGUGGUGACCAUGUUUACCGGCUAUUUGGUUGGAUAUGCUGCAUUCAGAGCAUUGUUUAGCCACAGUCCUGUGAUGAAUGCUGCUGGAGGCAUUCUUGGGUUGGUCAUUGGCAUGCUCGUAGAAACACUUAUGUUCAUAAUUCAAGCUUCCCGCUACGAUCUUAAAUCAACAUCAGCUUCUUCCACAUCCAGGCUAAAGAAGGAUCAGUAGAUUUGUUUGUUUAAGGUACUCUAUUGUGCAUCAAGAACUCAACUCUGCCAAAUUCCUUUGCUGGAAGCUUGGGAGUUUGGAUAUAUUCUUGUACUUCUACAUUUAGGAGCUGAUUACCAGUUACUGGACAUCAUGGGCGCCCAUUUGGGAGAUUGAGUUUCAUUAAGCUGAGGUCAAAGGCAGAAGGGAGUCUUCAAACUCUGGCUCUCCCGGUGAAUGUAUGUAUAUUUGGUUUUGUUCAAAGUAGAAAUUUUUUUGAGCUUUUUUCCAUUUUGACCUGUAAUUCUUAUAAUCUGAAGAAAAAUUAAGAUUAAUAUCUAGUUUCAUAAUACUCAAUACUCAAUUUGGUGGUUUGUAUUAAAUUAUUGGACAUGGAUGCAAUUACUAAAAUAGAAAUAUCAAGUGAGUGUACUGUGGCCUUUGGCUUUGC